AUGAAAUUGUUCAUUCUCGCUCUCUUGGCUAUCACCAUUACCACUAUCCAAUCCAAACCACAACACCCAUUUGUCAGAAUUCUCCAAAACUCUCCAAAUCAACUAGCCGAUGACUGUAAGGAUAUUGGAACCAACUGCCAAAACUGGGCACGCAACGGAUUCUGUACGAACUGCAAUUGGACCUGCGCGCAACGUCGUCAUUAUUGUGAGAGAACUUGUGGAUUCUGUCAUCCGGAUUAUGUUUGUAAUGAGACAUGUCCACAACCACCUGCACAGAAAGAUUUUGAGGAGCUGACUAAGGAGGAGAUAAACAAGUUGGAUGAAUAA